CGCAGCACAGAUCUGGAUUUGCAGUGGGAGAAGCAGGAGUAGCAGUGUGACGGGUCACUGGGUUGCACAAGUACCUGUAAUAUACGGUGCACACUUCAGCCUGCUCUUUCCUGGCUUCACCACCGUGAAAUCCCUGCACAAAAAUCAAAGAUGGAGAAGAUGUCGAGGGUCUUACCACUCAACCCAACUUUUAUACCUCCAACGUACGGGGUGCUGAAAUCUCUGCUGGAGAACCCUCUGAAACUACCGCUACAUCACGAAGAUGCCUUCUAUAAAGAAAAAGACAAAGAGAAGAAACUUGAAGAUGAAACCACAGGUUCAACUGUCCCACAGUCGGCUUUCUUGGGGCCAACGCUCUGGGACAAGACCUUGCCAUAUGAUGGAGAUACCUUCCAGCUGGAAUACAUGGACCUGGAAGAGUUUCUCUCAGAAAAUGGUAUUCCACCAAGUCAGUCCUCGCAUGACCUGAGUUCCCAUCAGCCUAACCUUCAACAAACUCCGGUGACAUCACCCUCUGUCAUUGAUCUGAGCAGUCGAGCAUCCACAUCUGUCUUGCCAGGAUUGGUUCCCCAAAACUGUAUGCACAGUCCAGUAAGACCUUGUCAGAUUUUGCCUGCAAACCGCAACACGCCAAGUCCAAUAGAUCCAGAAACUAUCCAAGUGGCAGUAGGAUAUGAGCCAGACCCAGCUGAUCUUGCCCUGUCCACCAUCCCAGGUCAAGAGAUGUUUGACCCCAGGAAACGCAAGUUUUCCGAAGAAGAGCUAAAGCCUCAGCCAAUGAUUAAGAAGGCCCGUAAGGUCUUCACACCAGACGAUCUGAAGCAGGAUGAAAAAUACUGGGCAAGGCGUAAAAAGAACAAUAUGGCUGCCAAGAGGUCAAGAGAUGCACGCAGGCUAAAAGAAAACCAGAUUGCCAUCCGAGCCUCGUUCCUCGAGAAGGAGAAUUCCGCCUUACGGCUGGAGGUUGCCGACCUCAGAAAAGAGCUGGGCAAAUGCAAAAACAUUUUGGCAAAGUAUGAAGCCCAUCAUGGGCCCGUGUAAGGGACUGACCGGCUAUGAAUGACACAUGGACACCUUCAUUCCUGCCGAGUAGCACUAAACACAUACCAACCUACUUCUGUCAUCAGCACUUUACUGGAAGAUGAAAAAGACUUGCAAUGUCUCUUUUUUACCAUUAUUUGUUUAGUUUUUCUUUUAUUUCUAUUUGUUUUUUGAUCUUCGCACUUUCCAUACUCUCAAAUGCUUCAUAAAAGGGUAAAACUUACCUUGACUAUGUCAAAACCUGCUGUAGCAAAUGUUUUCCCAGUACCCUCACCAUCUGCUCUGGAUUUAAACCACGGUGGAACACGAAAAUCUUGGAGCAAGAAGGACUUACUAUUAACAUCAAGAGUGACAUAGACUACUACACAAGACAUUCCCCAUCCUAAAUUUUUUAUUUUUUCCAGUGAAUUAGUUUUCCUUGCCAUAAUCCCUAGAUGUCAACAAAUCUGUACAUAUGUGUGAUUUUACUGAGAAGUAUUCUGUUGUGUAUUACCAUUGUUUAAUAAGAACAUUCACCGUGACGUUAUUUCCAUUAUUUAACGUUUAUAACCGAUUUGGGGUUUUAGUUAAACUUUGAGAGAUCAUUAGGUCUCACAGGAGCUUAUUAUCAUCAUUACAUUUUCCAUAUGCUUAAAGCAAUAAUCUUUACUGGCCAAAUCUCAAUUUACUUAAAUUAUACAGGCUAGAAAUUAAGUGGUUGCAAGUGACGUCAUGUCCUAAUACCACUCAGUAGCUUCUCUAUUCCUUACUUCUAAAAUAUCUCAACUGAAAAGGUAAACAUUCAAAAAUGAAUGCUAUUCAUAUGGCAUAUGUAAAAAAAAAUACAUAUCAAACAUGCACAACAUCCAUAAGAUGUUUCCCUUCAUGAUGCACAUUCUCAGUUUCUCCACAUCAACAGUCUAGUUCAGGGCUGACCAACCUGCGGCUCUCCAGCUGUUGUAAAACUACAAUUCCCACAAUGCCCUGCUGUAAGCAGUCUCUGCAUGCUGGGAGUUGUAGUUUUGCAACAUCUGGUGAGCCGCAGGUUGGCCAUCCCUGGUCUAGUUAAAGAGUUGACUGCUUUUUAAAAUACAUUUUUACUAGGGAGAACCCCCCAAAAUAAUGAAUUAAGUAUACUCCAGGAACAACCAGUGAUCAGUUAUGAUCAGGGAGAGAAUUCAGCAAAAAGUCUUCAAUUUCCCUGAAGCACCACCACAGGCCAAAUGAAGUAUUACAUUGUGCCGCCAUAAAUCAAUACACUGUGUAAUACCUGGACAUGAGGGGUCCUCCUAAGAGAACAAAGCUCUUGGUAACAGUUCUCUACAUGGCUUAUUUUAUGGACAUCUCACGGAUGAUUGUCACCUCUUUUCAGAUAGAAUGCCAUAAUAGGGAUUGUUUUUCUAAACUGAAGUACCCUAUUACUUUUCACAAUUUUAAGCACCUUACUCCAGAGUAAGACAUUUCUAAAUUUCCUAUAGAAUUAUAUGAUAGUAGUACAAAACCAUUCAAAGCAUAGCCUAAUAUUAUCUGACCGAAAAAAGUUACAACUGUAAGAAACAUUCCUUUUCCACCUUUCACAAAGCCUUUUUCAUACUGCAUUUCACAAUUGUACAGUUUUCACUUUUGUAAAAAACACUGUGAUUUUAGUGUUUUCGGACGCUUUGUAUUUUUUUUGUGAUAUCAUUUUAAAUCUGGUAGCUGUGAAAUGGAUAUGACUUGCAGAACCUUAUUUUUUAUGUCAACGGAAAGAAAAGCAAACUUGUGCCCUGUGUGUUGUAAAUUUUUGUUUUAUGAUGGAGUUUCGUAUUUAUGCCAUUAUAAUAACAUAUAUGACAGGGAUAUAAAAUAAUGAUAUUCCUUUACAUGGUGAUGCCAUUUUUGGUGACUCUACAGUUGUGUUUGGAAGAUCAAUUAGGUUUAGAUAACAGGGCCUAUCCAAAUUGCUAGGAAAUUACAUAGUAAUUAAUACUUUGGGAGGUCAGUUCCUCAUGGGAGGUGCCAAUCUGCACAGGGCUUAAACUCUCCCCAGAGACGCAGCCAUGAUAACAAAGAAAAGCGAAACUGUCCUUAGGCUAUGUUAUCCUUUUUGAUAUGAGUUGUAUAGUGAAAUGGCCCUAUUAUGGGGCCCCUUCUCCUCAAUCCCAUAUUAUGGAUUUUCCAAAAACACAGAGGGAAUAUCCUUCAUUUUGCUUUAUUAUACAGUCGACAUACACCUGGCCUCAGUUUGCUUUUCUGAACGAAUGAAUGUAAAAGAGGCAUGUAAUAUAAGGAAGGUCAUAGUGUUGUCUUAUAUGGUGGUUCAUCUGAAUAAUUUGGUGUUUUUCAGCAGAUCUUUGUAAAAUUUAUAUUAUUCAAAUGUACAGAUUAAAUGAAUAUGUUUUGAAGUGUUUUGCACAAUGACUUCUAUAUAAGUGUUUUAAAAGACAUCUUCUACACAGGAGAU